GUGUUUUUGUGUGUGUAUGCUUUAGCAAAAGUUGUCACCCUUUACUUAGUAAAUUUAGUCUUGGAGGAAAUAUACUACUACUACUACUGCUGCUGUCAGCCACCAUCACCACCGCCGCCGCCGCCACUGCAAUAUUCCUACUACAACUAUUACUAAGACGACUACCACUAUCUCCAAUUAUCUUAUUCUUCACUGAUUUACAAUUACAACAUAUGCAAUAUAGAAAGAGGCCUGCUGAGUUUACACAUACAAAGUAACAGAUUCACAGUAAAAUGUUAGGCUAGCCUCGAGUUGCGAACCCCUAAUUCAACUAAAACCCCCUUCUUCCCUGUCAUCCCGUCCAGCCACUAUCGUAGAGUCGUGUGUUAACAAAUCAGGAAGGGCACCUGUUUAUAGGAUUCCCUUCUUCAUUUAUCAACUCUUUUACUUCUGACCUGUCUCAGUUGACUUUUUCUCGUAGUCCUUCCAUUCAUUCGCGCUUUGUUGCUUCUCCCGUCUGUUUCUCUACCCCUUCCCUGCUCUGUCUAUCAUCGUCCUUCCUAUCAUAUUUGUUGAAAGAAAAUGAGUAAAAGAGAGAGAGAGAGAGAGUGUGUGCGAAAAAGUGUGUGUGUGAUGAGAUAAUAUGCAACAAAAUACGAAGAAUUUAGUAGAAAUACUACACUGUCGUAAUACAGACACUCUUUGCUGAAUUUUCUAUUCAUUAAUGACAAUUAAUGUGUGUCACACUGGAAUAUACCGUUUCUUCAGCUUUGGGAAUUAUAAAUAUAUAAAACUAUUAAAAAAGAGACUGUGGUCAUGCUGGAGCACUGCAUGUCAGCAGACAACCAUUGGAUAUAUUUUACAUCAUAUAAGGAUAUGUUGAAAAUGCGGACAGGAAAAUAGAAUAAGAUACACCACACGCUUAUUGGAUACAAACUGAAAACUUUGUUCUUUAAAACUAAAUCUGUUGCAGUCUACCCUUUACUGUCUUUCCUACCAUAUGUCUCCAGGGAAACAUCUUAUAUUGCCAUUCUCCAAGAGGAAAUCCAUGCAUUUUUAUGAUCCUAUUGCAGUCUACUAUGACUUGGCUGCCAAAGCAUGUAGAUGUUACAGUUUUGUAUGUGGUCAGUAAUGGAAGAGCAGGUGUAUGCUUAUGUUUUGUUCUUCUUUGGAUUAAUUGGUUUAAUAAUCUAUUUCUUCACUGCCUUUGCCCUGAUGGUGUCCUUGUUCAGUGGCCGCCUUUGUUUAUACCAACAAACAAACCCGCUAUUAGAGCAUGACGAACUGCCUGGAGUAUCUGUGAUUAAACCAUUGAUGGGAGUUGAUCCGCUUCUGGAGGAGAACAUAGAGAGUCACUUCAAAAUAUGUUACCCACAGCUUGAAAUCCUGUUUUGUGUGCAAGAUGAUCAAGAUCCAGCCAUUGGUGUGGUUAAGCGCCUGCAGCAGAAAUACCCAAAAGUUGACUCACACCUUUUUAUAGGUGAUAAGAAUGAAAUUGUAAAUCCUCUGGUGAAGAAUAUGUCUCCUGCUUACGCCGCUGCAAAAUAUGGUUACAUUUGGGUCAGUACAAGCCGCAUCAAAGCUAAUUCUGAUAUUCUUUACGACAUGGUUGGUAAAAUAUUGAAACCAAACGUUGGUCUUGUUCAUCAAAUGCCAUUUACAACUGACCAACCAGGCUUUGCAGCUGCUGUGGAAAAGGUUUACUUUGGCUGUGUUGUACCAAGAUAUUUCUUAGCCUUGAACUAUCUUGGUUUUAACUGUUUUGUGGGCAUGUCAUACCUUUUGAGGAAAGCUGCUCUUGAUGAAGCAAAAGGCCUUUCAUGGUAUGGCCGGUAUUUGGCGGAAGACUACUACUUAGGAAGAGCCAUACGAGAUCGUGGAUACAGUUUAGUGAUAUCAGCAUUCCCUGCUCAGCAAAAUGUUGGUCUCCUGUCAAUGGCAAAUUACAAGGACAGAAUGGUCAGAUGGCUGCGAUUACGUUUCAGUAUGAUUCCUUUUGUUACAAUUAUCAUUGAACCCUUAACUGAAUGUCUACCACUGGGUCUUUAUGGAUCGUGGAGCAUCCAUCACUUUCUUGGUGUUAACCCUUAUUAUAUAUUUUCAUUCCACAUCUUAGGAUGGUUGAUUAUAGAUUAUUUACAAUUAAAGAAUAUACAGCGGACGGGACUGGCAUUUUCAAAACUUACUUUUGUGAUGGCAUGGCUUUGUCGAGAAUUGAUGACGUUAGUGAUUGUAAUAGAAGCCUUUUUAAAGCCACAACAAAUUCAGUGGGGUAAAAGAACUUACAGAGUUGACUUCAACGGACUUACACAUCUUGUACAAAACAACAGACCAACAUUAAACGUGUGACAGUCACAUCAACAUAUAAUAAAAAACAAUCAUUUUACUGAAGACGUGGGGUGGAAAAAAUAUUCCAGUCUCUAUAAAUUCUUCUUGAUUUCACUUUCCAUUCAAACUAUUUCCUCAGAAUUAUGAAGAAACUUCUUGUGUAUUUUGCGAAGAAUGCCAAUGAAUUUUUGGUCAAGAAAAUACAAAGAAACAGAGAAAGAAGGAAGUCAUUUUUGUAUGCUGAAAAAUUUGCUUCAUCAAAGGUUCUGCAAGAUAGAAUCUAUAUUUUAGUUUUUGGUUUGAGGAUACAACUUGCAUUUAUAAAUUAUAGAGAAUGUCUACUGUUAUACAUAACUUAGAUAUUAUAUGCACUGAAGGUAAUACAGCAGUGCAAUUCUCUUUCAUUUACCAUGUAAUUCUCUUCUGCUCUUCAAGUUAUUUUCUCUUAUUCUUAAAAUGGUCAAAUAUCUGAAUCUUCCAUCUAUUUUUCAAAGCAUCUUUUACAUUUUCUGGGGUUUUUUCCUUCCUUUUGGUACUUCAAGAAUCCCUAAUUUAUAAGACUUUUACCAACAAAACUAUUUUUAGAAAAAAAUCUAUUUGAAAAUAAUAAUCUCUUCCUAAGAAAGAGACAGAUAGAGUGAAGUGGGGGUCUGUCCUUCCUAUUUGAAAGAUAUAUUUAACUUCCUAAGCAAGUCUUUCCACAUCUUGAUCAUUGACUUUAUAUGUCAGAUGGAAAGAUAUCCACAUGGCAUGCUAAUCCUCUUGGAUAUGACAAUGGACAGGAUCUGUGAGAAUGAUAUAAUUAAUUCGGUGAUCGAAGUGUUCUAAGUGGUUAUUUAAUCUUUUUCAUACCAAGCUGCUACUUGAAACCACUCUUGGUUCCAUGAUACAAACUUCUUGUCUGAAGUCAUCUGAAUAAUAUCCUCCCAUCAAAUUUUUCAUGCGAAUUAUGUUCCAAAUAUCAGUUUAAUAAUGACCAAGUUAUUUUACCAAAUUCUUCAUUAUUUUCAAAAAUAAGUAAAACAGAACUAGUCUAUUUCAACAGAAAUAUUUUAAUGAUAGGUUAACGAAUGAAUGGUCUCAAGGUUCUUCCUUAAAAAAUAAUUUUAAUCUCCAAGUAAAUUAUUUUCAAGUAAAUUUUAUCAUUUAUUUUUAUGUGUAACAUAAAAUAUUUCACACUUCUAAAGAUGGUAAGCCACAGAAAUUAGAAUUUUCAGGCUGACUACAGAAAAUAUAUUUUAACAUUAUACUAUAGCUUGGUCAUGAAUAUGAACAUCUACUCUUGCUCAAAUUUAUUGUUUUGGAAAUGUGAGGUUUGUAAUGACUUUUUUUUUAACGAUGGUAAAAUCAUCAUGUCAUAGAAGUAAGCCCUUAGUUUUUUUAAAUGAUAAAUGUUUCAGUGAUAUUGAGUCAACAUUAGUUGACAGAAUUAGUUUAGGCUGUUCUACAGUGUGAUUGCAUCUAUCAUAAUCUAGAUCUGUAUGAGGACUUAGUCUCAAUACUGAAAACUAGUGAAACACUGGUUAACUAGAGAUUGGCUCCUAAAAGCAUAAGUGACUAAGACAGUAGGGUACUGGAUAUCUGACUAAGAGGCCAGAUUUUAACAUCUCAUCAACAUUUUGUGGUGUCCAUAGUUAAUACUUGGCUUUUCAUAGUUACACUCACCUAGUUGCAAGGUGACACCUGUUGGAAGGUACCACAUCUACUUAACUUUGAGGUGGUACAUAGUUGUGAGAUGGCUCCUAGCUGUAAAUUAGGUGUAACAUUUUCCAGCAAGAUACCAGAUAUCACCUUGUUACUAGGUGCCACCCAGGUAUUUACCAAAGUGUGACUUUGUGACUGUAAAAUAGUACCCAGUUAGAAAGGGGCACUGAGUUGCAAGAUGGUACCUAGAUGUGAGGCAACAUCUAACUUUGAAAUGAUACCUAGCUACUAGAAGGUGAAUAUAUGUGGCACUCUGUUAUGAUGAUGAGGGUUCCAGUUGAUUCAAUCAACAGAACAGCCUGCUCAUGAAAUUAACAUGUAAGUGGCUGAGCCCUCUACAGACAUGUGUACCCUUAACGUAGUUCUAGGGGAGAUUCAGCA